GACUACAUCGACAAUGCCACCUAAGAAGAAUAAAAGGUUUAGAAACAUUUCACAACACAAAAUCGACGUUCUAGCAAAAAUCAUUUGUGAGACGAUAUCAGAUAUUAGUGAAAUUAAUUUUACUAGAAAAGCCGAAGGAUCCAUAUGCCAUACGAUUGCAAAAAAACUGAAAAAGAAACAAAACAAUAAAGAUGCAUAUUUUUAUAAACGUUUGUGGGAUAAAAACGUCCACAACUUCCAGGAUAUAAUACGUAAUACAUUGGAAGAAAGAAAAAAUAAUGAAAAUGGGUCUCCAUCUACAUCUACAGUUUGUCCUCCUGAAAAUGUGACACCGCCUUUAAAGGAUCCCGAUAUCAAGCCUGAGAACGAUGACGACUGUGAUGCUUCUUUAAUAAUAGUCGAAAAGAAUGUUUUGAUAGUAACGAUCGAUUCGGAAUAGAAAAGUUAAAUAUAUGAAAUUUAAAUAAUACGAUAUUGCUUGAUAUAUAUGCUACGUUUCUUCACUGUUUCGCAGUACCUUAACAUUUGUCUUUCUUUCGCCGUAUUUUCCGAUGAAUGUGCCGUAUUAACAAUUAUGUACAUGAUCGCGUAACGUUAACAGGGGGGAAUAUUAUUUAUUGAAUUUAUAUUUAUAUUAAAAUUUAUAUGGACAUGUAGUAAUAUGUAGUAAUUGGUACGUCGCAUCUAUGUAUAUAUAAACUGUGUAAAUAUCGGCGCGAGUUCUUUACCGUCGUUACUAUUAUAGCCACAACCCUCACUAAAUUUACCAAACAACAGCGAAUCCUUUUCAUUAAAGCCUGUUAAAAGAAAAAAAAAAUUUUUUAAAUUAUGUUUAUUAUAUUCAUAU